AUGGAGGAUGAUGCGUCACUGCACCGACUGGAGGGCAGUGACCCCACUGCGCAGGUCGGCGGGCUGAUUGUGAAGAACAAGAGUGCAGCAGUAGAGCCUCAUGUCUUUCGUGCACCCACUCCACGCACCUCUCUCCUGGGCCUGGAUCUGCUGGCAGCUCAAAAGAGAAAGGAGCGUGAGGGCAAGGAGCAGGCUGAAGCUGACAGUGAUGACAGGAAUAACAAGAAAUCCAAGGUGUCCUGCUACAUGGACUGGGAGGAAGGGAAAGGUGAUUCUGGGUCUGAUGAAGAAGACAAAGACGAGGAGGACCAAGGUGGUAAAAAAGAGAGGUAUGUUGUUUUGAAGUGAUUUGGUUUGAGUUACUGUAUCUUCUUUUCUUAUUAGCAUAGAAUACAUACUCUCUCCCUAUAAAGAGAUCACAUCUCAACUGAUGUCAUGCAUGCACUGUUGCAUUACUGACACUUUAUUCUAUGUUUCAUAAAGCAGCAGGAAGUACCGUGUGACUGGCUCAGAGACACCCUCUAACCCUGGAGGGGUCAGCGAAGAGUUCCGUCGCAAACACCAGCAGAGGGAGAAAGAACGGCGUGAGCAUGGAAUGUACGCCUCCUCCAAAGAGGACAAGAACAGAGAGCGGGAGAAGGACAGAGAGAGGAUCAGAGAUAUGGACAGAGAUCGACGGGGUGAAAGAGGUGAGCAAAACAUUUCUACAUCUGCAUGCACAAUGUUCAUAUUCUGGCAAUAGCAAUCGUUCCUAUCUGUUGUGUGUCUGUGAAUUUGUGACUGAAAUAUUGGCUAACUGCUUUGAUGGCAGAUGAGCGGGAGCGCAGUCACAUCCGCGGCGGCAGCAGCAGCAGCAGCCGGUCAGAGCGUGGAGAUCGCAGUGAGAGGAGUGAGCGCUCACAGAGAGAAGGCUGGUCCUCCGAACGCAUCAGCCGGGGGAGUAAGAGAGAGGAGCCUCCAACGCCCCAGACACGCCCCAAAGGUCAGUAACCCUGCCACACCCCCUGACAGGCAGUUAUUUAAGGUCCUUAGGUUAUGCCUACAAUACACUAACCACUCUCUCUCCCUCCAUUCCGCAAACCCUUUGACUCAGAUGGCACUCCCUCGCGCACCAGCUGGGAUGAGGAUGACAGCGGCUAUGCCAGCUCACGCCGUUCCCACUGGGAAUCUCCCUCUCCUGCCCCUUCACACAAGGAUUCUGACAAGUCUGAACGGCCGGAGCGCAGCCCCCGCUCUGGACGGGAGAGCGAGAGGAAGGACAAGUAAGUAACUGCAGCUCAACACUCGUAUGUUCAUUUGACUGGGUUUUAUAGCACUAUCUAAAGACUCAUUUUCAGUGGCUAUUAGAAAUGUGUUAUGUUCAGCUUUUGGAAAUGAACUUUUCUUGUCUCUGUUCCCAGGUCAGUCAGAGGCCGGUAUCCUGAUGACACACCCCUUCCCACCCCAUCAUACAAGUACAACGAAUGGGCCAAUGACAGGAAGCACUUGGGCUCCACUCCUCGUCUGUCCCGUGGGAAAGGUAAGCCCCUCCUCCUUCCCCUCUCCCUCUUCCCCCAGUCACGUUUGAGCUCUUAUUAAUGCUCUGAUAAGGCUUGCUGAUGUUUGUGGAUUGUGUCUCUGUGCCCCAGGUAAGAAUGAAGGAGAGGAUGGCAUCGCCUUUGAUAAUGAUGAUGAGAAGCAGCAGUGGGAGGAGGACCAGAAGGUGAGUGGACAUGUGGAGUUUUAGCAGUAACACAAAUGAAUAGCUUUCCCAACAUUCAUAAAUGCAAGUUUCUAUGUAUUGACUAUUGCCCUGUGGUGUUACAGCAAGCGGACAGAGACUGGUACAUGAUGGACGAAGGCUAUGAUGAGUUCCACAACCCACUGACCUCCACCUCUGAGGAUUAUGUGAAGAAGAGAGAGCAGAUCCUGCAGAAGCAGACACAGAAACGCAUCUCUGCCCAGAGACGACAGAUCAAUGAGGUAUGGCACUGUGUUCCUACUCUGUGACCACCUCCAGCCCUGGGUGUAUGUAGCCCGUUUAGUUAUAGUUUUGAUCGUUAAUACCAUCCAUGGAUUUGAAUUUUGUGUGUGUGACUGUAUGUAUAACGAUGUGUGUUGUGUUCCUCCUGCCAGGAUAAUGAGCGCUGGGAGACUAACCGUAUGCUGACCAGUGGAGUGGUCCAGAGGCUGGAGGUGGAUGAUGACUUUGAGGAGGACAACGCUGCCAAGGUCCACCUGCUGGUUCACAACCUGGUCCCUCCCUUCCUGGAUGGGAGGAUAGUCUUCACCAAGCAGGUAAUACAUCAUUACAGCACGUUAUGGGCCAAUGAAAUUACCAACACUCCCCUUCGUAUUUAUUUGGACAGGGAAGCUAAAACGUUUAAUUUGGCUCUAUACUCCAGCAUUUUGAAUUAGAGAUGAAAUGUUUUGUGAGGCUAGUGGCGAAACCAGUGUCGCGAAAACACGAAGCAGACGACCAUUUUUGGUCCUUUAAAAACCUGCUGUAUGUAAAAUAUUUUGUGUACUAUAGCUUGGAAAAUAAAUAAAUGUGACUCUAGAUGACAACAUAAUGAUGUUUGUUUCCAACAUUAGGGCUGUUUUCCUAAAGAAGUUAAAUCUGCUUUGUGUUUUGUUUCCUUGUCACAAUACUAACGAGUAUCACAAUGCUGUUAUCGUCCCAGCCCCAGAUGACAGUACAGAAUGUCACCUUUUAUUUGAGGGUAUUUUCAUACAUUUCUGUUUUACAGUUUGUAAAUGAAAGCACUUCAUGUAUCUAGUCCCCCCAUUUGAAGGUGUCAUAAGUAUUUGGACAAAUUCACUUUGUGUAUUACAUUUAAUCAAAAGUUUAGUAUUUGGUCCAAUAUUCCUAGCAUGCAAUGACUACCUCAAGCUUGUGACUCCACAAACUUGUUCAACAGAUGCAAAAAGAUCAUGCCCCCAAGACAUGCUAACCUCUCACCAUUACCAAUAACAGGGGAGGUUAGCAUUUUUUGGGGGGUAUGAUGUUUUUGCCUCUAACUUUCUCACUCAUCAUUAUUCACGAUUCAUUCAUGAUUGUCUGUAAUCAUGGUAGCAUCCACAUUAAAGUAGAAGUGUUCGGAAACAUAUUCUGUUCUUAUUUACAAUGAAAGUGACUCCAAAAUGACACAAUUUACCAUUAAUUUAUAUUGGGCACAACAUAAGCCAAAACACAACCAAAACAAACAGAAAAUGCAUCCAACAAGUUUGUAGGGUCAAAUGCUUAAUUUAGUCACUGCUUGCUAGGAAUAUGGGACCAAAUACUAAACUUUUGACAGAAUUUAAUGCAGUAUAAGUGAAUUUGUCCAAAUACAGUGCCUUCAGAAAGUAUUCACACCCAUUGACUUUUCCACAUUUCGUUGUAUUACAGCUUGAAUUUAAAAGUGAUUAAAUUGAGAUUUUGUGUCACUGACCUACACACAAUACCCCAUAAUGUCAAAGUGGAAUUAUGUUUUUAGAAAUGUUUACAAAUAAUUAAAAAUGAAAAGCUGAAAUGUCUUGAGUCAAUAAGCAUUCAACCCCUUUGUUAUGGCAAGCCUAAAUAAGUUCAGGAGUAAAAAUGUGCUUAAUAAGUUGCGUGGACUCUGUGUGCAAUAAUAGUGUUCAACAUGAAUUUUUCUAUGACUACCUCAUCUCUGUACCUCACACAUACAAUUAUCUGGGUAAGGUCCCUCAGUUGAGCAGUGAAUUUCAAACACAGAUUCAACCACAAGAACAGGGAGGUUUUCCAAUGCCUCUCAAAGAAGGGCACCUAUUGGUAGAUGGGUUAAAAUAAAAAACACACUGAAUAUGCCUUUGAGCAUGGUGAAGCUAUUAAUUACACUUUGGAUGGUGUAUCAAUACACCCAGUCACUACCAAGGUACAGGUGUCCUUCCUAACUCAGUUGCCGGAGAGGAAGGAAACCACUCAGGGAUUUCACCAUGAGGCCAAUGGUAACUUUAAAACAGUUACAGAGUUUAAUAGUAACUUUAAAAACAGUUACAGAGUUUAAUGGUUGUGAUAUGAGAACUGAUGGAUCAACAACAUUGUAAUUACUCCACAAUACUAACCUAAAUGACAGAGUGAAAAGAAGGAAGCCGGUAUUAUUCUCAAACAUGCAUCCUGUUUGCAAUAAGGCACUAAAGUAAAACAGCAACAAAUGUGGCAAAGAAAUGUUUGGGGCAAAUCCAACACAACACAUCACUGAGUACCACUCUGCAUCAUGUUAUGGAUGUACUUGUCAUCGGCAAGGAAUAGGGAGGUUUUUAGAAUAAAAAGAAACGGAAUAGAGUUAAGCACAGAAGUCAUCCUAGAGGAAAACCUGGUUUAGUCUGCUUUCCACCAGACACUGGGAGACAAAUUCACCUUUCAGCAGGACAAUAACCUAAAACACAAGGCCAAAUAUACACUGGCGUUGCUUACCAAGACGACAUUGAAUGUUCCUGAUUGGUACCUAGUUACAGUUUUGACUUAAAUCGUCUUGAAGGCUUGGCAACAACCAACUUGACAGCACUUGAAGAAUUUAAAAAAGAAUGUGCAAAUAUUGCUAAACAUUUUUUUCUUUGUCAUUAUGGGGUGUAGAUGGGUGAGAAGAGAGAAAAAAAAACGAUUUAAUCCAUUUUAAAUUCAGGCUGUAACACAACAAAAUGUGGAAUACUUUCUGAAGGCACUGUACUUAUGAUGCCUUCAAAUGAUGGGAUUAGAUAAAAAAAAAGUGCUUUAAUUUGUAAACGGUAAAACAUAUGUAUGAAAAUACCCUCAAAUAAAAGGUGACGUUCUGUCGCCUCGUAGAAAACAUUUGAUCUCAAAUCCAAAAGCUGAAGUAUAGAGCCAAAUAUAUAUUUUUAGCUUCACUGUCCAAAUACGUAGUGGAGUGUAUGUACUUUUAAGUUCUAAGCCAUGGGACGAGAGCUGUUGCAGGCUUGUUGAGGGAUUGUGAGAGUCUGCUGAAACGCAUUUGGAGCUGGUUGAGUAAUAACUAGUAGAUUUACUAUCAGAGUUGCUGUGUACUGAAUGGGUACUGUUGCUGGUGUCUCUCUGUGCUGUAGCCGGAGCCUGUCAUCCCUGUGAAAGACGCCACCUCCGACAUGGCCAUCAUCUCCCGCAAGGGCAGCCAGCUGGUCCGCAAGCACCGUGAGCAGAAGGAACGCAAGAAGGUAGGCUGAGUGGAGGGAAGGCAAUGUUUAAAACAACUAUACAGUAGUUGAUGGUAUGGUUACUGGCUGAAUAUCUGUGUGUCAUUUUGAUUGUUUCUCCAGGCUCAACAGAAACACUGGGAGCUGGCAGGCACCAAGCUGGGUGACAUCAUGGGCAUCAAGAAGACCGAGGACGGGGAUAGCUCUGGGGGCAAGCCAGUGGGUGAGGAUGGCAAGGUGGACUACAGGUAACAAGCCCUUUACUAAAGGCUUAUUUUGUGUCCAUUUUGAAUGUUUAUUAAAUAUCAGUUUAGAAAUGUGACAAGAACAACCUCAAUAAUUCCCUCUCUCCCCCUCCAGAACGGAUCAGAAGUUUGCAGACCACAUGAAAGAUAAGAAUGAGGCCAGCAGUGAGUUUGCUAAGAAGAAGACCCUGUUGGAGCAGAGGCAGUAUCUGCCCAUCUUCGCUGUGAGGCAGCAACUGCUCAACAUCAUCAGGUAGCUACUCUACUGGACCCGGCCUGGCUGUCCUGGGACCACUUAUCACCCCCAGCCUUACCCCAGAUGCAGGCUUUCAUUCAGGGUGUAGGAUAAGACAUGUAUGGCAAUGAAGGUGGGAAUUGGGGGCUGUGAAGUCAGAAUGUUCAUAUGUGAUUUACCUUUGGUUAGAGAAUGACCACAUCACAGGUGACUAAGGUAAUGUUAGACAGCAUUUGUAAAUCAUUGACAAAUACACUUCCAGAUCUGUUUUCGUGAGCCAUUAUUCAUGUUUCCACAGUUUCGUAAGGUUGAAAAGUCCCAUCAGGGUUUUAAUGUUAGUGGUUGUGAUGGGAUUCUCUCCAGGGACAACAGCAUUGUGAUCGUGGUGGGGGAGACGGGCAGUGGGAAGACCACCCAGCUGACCCAGUACCUUCACGAGGACGGCUACACCAGCUACGGCAUGGUGGGCUGCACCCAGCCCCGCAGAGUGGCAGCCAUGAGCGUGGCCAAGAGAGUCAGCGAGGAGCUGGGCAGCAACCUGGGAGAGGAGGUGAGCAUUCAGCUGGCUUAUGGAGGAGCCACUAGGCAAACAUUAACUAGAUCUGAGAAAAACUGAUCUAUGAAUCAGUCAAAGCAGUGGAUAACCACUCUUAUCAGUUAACCCAGUGUAACAAACCUGGCAAGAGUUUAUGAACUGCAAUUAACUUUUCUAUAGAGGAACGGAAGUACUCCAGAACGGAAUAAGUGUUUUUCCAACAGAUAUAAAUGUUCACUGUGUUUAGAGGUCAUCUGUCAAUUGAUGUUGACUCAUGGUGCUGUCUUGGUUUUCUCCUUAUGGAGUUGAUGCUUGUAUUCAUAUGUGUGCAACACAACACCUCCAUCUAGUGGUGACUCAGAGAUUGUACACCGCUUCCAUUCUACAACUUGUAAUUGAACUCUCCUCGCCAGCUUGUUUCUUUGGUUGACCCGUAGCACUGUAGUUUGAAGGCCGUAAUUCAUACGUGGAAUGUAAAUAUAUGUAGUUCACUACUAAACCGUUCAGUUUUUGCUUUGCAGGUGGGUUAUGCGAUCCGUUUUGAGGACUGUACGUCGGAGAAGACUGUGAUAAAGUACAUGACAGAUGGGAUCCUGCUGAGAGAGUCUCUCAGGGAGUCAGAUCUGGACCACUACAGUGCUGUCAUCAUGGACGAGGCCCAUGAACGCUCCCUCAACACAGACGUGCUGUUCGGCCUGCUACGAGAGGUCAGGGGGAGACACUUUGUAUUUUUAAAGUAUUUAGUAUGUUUAUUGGAUAGAGGUGAGAGGUAGGAGAGAGAGAGUGCUGAAAGAGCAGUGGGCUGGAUUCAAACUCAUACCGGCAGUGGUACAUGUGCUCCAGGGGCAGUGGCUUAGACUGCUAGACCACAGGGAGACACUUCUACAACUCACUGGAUGUUAUUCAAUUGUGAUUAUUAUUUUGCAUGCAUAUUUUUUGGUUAUCUUGUUGUAAGCAGUAGUAGAACUUUCUCUCUCUCACCUUUUCUUCCAGGUUGUAUCGAGGCGUUCUGACCUCAAGCUGAUAGUCACCUCAGCCACCAUGGACUCUGACAAAUUUGCUGCAUUUUUCGGGAACGUUCCCAUAUUCCACAUUCCAGGAAGAACUUUCCCUGUAGAUAUCUUAUUCAGCAAGGUAUUGUGUCCAACUUUCCAUUCAUAUUUUCAACGUAAGGAUCAUUUGUAUAUUGACUUGCACUCUGACUAGACCGGCCACAUUUCGUGCCGAGCGUUGCGUAAUACAUUUACACAUGCAUGUUUUUCAAUCAUUUCAUCCACACUACUUUACGGAACGCUAAAAUAGAACUUGGUUCUAUUUAAGACGCUCGAUGUGCUGCAAGUCCCACCUCUCUCAUCUCCUUAUUGGUUUUCACAAAUAUACAAACCGACGUGGGUGCUUGAAAAACGAACAAGGAGAGAUUUAAUCAAAGAUAACAAAAAACUAACUUGGUUUAACUUUUAUCUGUGGAUUAAUCGUCAGAGUAGAGAAACACACAUUUUGUCAAAUCUACAAAGAACCAGCUAAAAAGAGGACUGUUUUGCAUGUCAGGUAAAAUAACAACCCGAUGUUCAUCUCCCUGGACAAACUGCUAGCAACAGCUAUCUAGCUAAAUGUCCAUGAAUGUUUCAUGUGUUAUGACCUUUCCUGAAAUUAAUAGAAUUGAUUCACAGUUGGUUUUGGUAUUUUAACCUGCGUGUCAUGAUCGCGUCUGGUGGAGAUGGACAGAAUUAUCAUGCUCACAAUGGCGAACGCACCCGCGGUGCCGGUUUGGUCAUGGCGUAAGACUACUGUUAUUUGUACCGAGGUAGUGUGUAGUUGUUGUGUAUUCUAACAGUGUUAUCUGUGUGUAGACUCCCCAGGAAGACUAUGUGGAGGCAGCAGUGAAGCAGGCCCUACAGAUCCACCUCAGUGGUAUGGGGGGAGACAUCCUCAUCUUCAUGCCUGGCCAGGAGGACAUCGAGGUGACGUCAGACCAGAUCGUGGAGCGUCUGGAGGACCUGGAGAGUGCCCCUCCUCUGACUGUACUGCCCAUCUACUCCCAGCUGCCCUCUGACCUCCAGGCCAAGAUCUUCCAGAAGGUAACCAAUCACACCCAUUUACUGUUGUUAUGCUAACAUGUACAGUUGGAACUCUUAAUAUACUGCAGUAUCCUUUGUACACAAGCAUACUUGUAAUUAGGGAGUUGGAAUGCAUAUACCUAAUACUAAAAGGAACACUUCCUCCUGAUGUCUUUGUUUUGUUUUCUGGCUGCCAGGCUCCAGAUGGUGUAAGGAAGUGCAUCGUUGCCACCAACAUCGCCGAGACUUCCCUGACUGUGGAUGGUAUCAUGUUUGUUGUGGAUGCUGGAUACUGCAAACUCAAGGUACCCUGUCGCCCUCACGAUCUUCCCCAGACUAUCAAAUGAAAGAAGACCAGCCAUGUUAGGAUAGUAUUUCUCUGUGUUGUGUUUGUUGCUGAUGUGUUCUCUUUGACAGGUGUUCAACCCUCGCAUUGGCAUGGAUGCCCUGCAGGUGUACCCCAUCAGCCAGGCUAACGCCAACCAGCGUGCGGGCAGAGCAGGACGUACAGGGCCAGGACAGUGCUACAGGCAAGUCGCUGUCUACACACACACAAGCUCACACUUACUCACAUUCACGCAGUCUCGCACUCCAAAUGUACAGUCCUCCCACCUUUCUCAGUUUCCAGAGGGCUGCCUUAGUCCUCCAGUGGUGCUAGAGAAGUAUGGAGCCAUAAUGAUGGUGUAAUGAAAGGCAGUUAUUUGAAGGUGUCACCUUGGUGUGAUGUCUGAGUGUUCCAGUCAGGGCUAGCAGGAAGGGAGUAUUCACAUGGCUGACACUGGUCUAUGUCAAGAGUGUCCUGUCUUCUAGAACUAUACUUUUUGUUCCUCUCUGAUUGUCUUCAGUACUCCUCUACAUCAGACUGCAGCAGUCUGGAACUAAACCUUAGAUCAGCCAUAUCUUCCCUCUUUCAUGUUUUUCUGGGCCUAGAUACAGGAAUAAACAGGCUGAAUUACACAAUUCUCCUCACUCUGCCUGCUAUCUCAUUCCAACCGCUCCUCUCCACCAAAAAGGUAGAAAAGCAGCUAACAACAUUAGCAUCCUUUUGUAUGGUGAGCCGUGCUGAAACGGGUGUGUAUCUGAAGUGUUGUUGUUGUGUGUAAUGCCGCCGCCGGUGUUUCGUCCUCUGGCUGAUGCACAUCAGAGCUCCCCUCAGAUGGGCCGUCCAGGCCUCUGAUCUGCAAGGAGGCCGGGCUGCUUUCAAAACCAUCAGAGGCUGGGUGGAAGAGAGGGAGGGAGAAUCCUAAUCUCCACAGGAUUUCAUGCAGUUUAACUCUGUUUACAGCAGGGAAAAUGUGACACAAAAGCCCCUUCUCUCUGAGAUUUCACAUGACCUUUCUCCUAUCUCUCAUACUUCCCCAAGUUGAGGGAGAUGGUGACACACACACACACCACGUGAUUGUUUUGCCUUGAAAAUGAGCUGGGAUGCUUCUAAAAGCCCCUCUACCAAGAUUACCCCCCUCCCCACACACACACAGAUGUGAAGAAUCAAUUUGGGAGUGGAGCUUUAGAAUGAGUGGGGCCUAGGCGUUUGGAGGGGUGGGAGGUGACGUGCUGGGUGACUCGACUUGUGUGAAGAAUCUGCUACUCAAAGCACCUCUUAGCUGUAACUACACCCAGCACCAGUUAAUCAUGGCUACCCGGACUAUUUGCACUGCCCCCCCACCCCAUCCCUUUUACGCUGCUGCUACUCUGUUAAGUAUUUAUGCAUAGUCACUUUAACUCUACCCACAUGUACAUAUUACCUCAACUAGCCGGUGCCCCCGCACAUUGACUAUGCAACGGUACCCCCCUGUAUAUAUAGCCUCCCUACUGUCACUUUAUUCUAUUGUAUAUAAGCCUCCCUACUGUCACUUUAUUUUUUACUUCUGCUCUUUUUUUCUCAACACUUUUUUGUUGUUUUAUUCUUACUUUUUUGUUUAAAAUAAAUGCACUGUUGGUUAAGGGCUGUAAGUAAGCAUUUCACUGUAAUGUCUGCACCUGUUGUAUUCGGCGCAUGUGACCAAUAAAAUUUGAUUUGAUUUGAAACACAUUCUCACAACCUGGCGUAAACCCACACACAGAUCAUUCCCUCAUAAUGCACAGAUUUCAGAGGGAUUAGCCACUAACUGAAAUGGUUGAGAGAUGCUUUGUUAGGCCAGACCUAUCAGUCUGAAGCAGCAAUGGGAGCUGCUCUAAAUAGUUUGGAUAGUAAAUGCCUCAUAAGUAGCUUGGUUAAAUGUUUAUAAUGUGCAGUAGGCCUGUCUCUUUGCCCUUCUCUAAACAUCAGUUGGGGAGCGUUCAGCUUUCAUGGAACGGAGGCUUCUCAAUCACGGUGCCAUUGUUGCAGGUUUAGAGCACUGUGUGAAAUCAUAUCAGUGCCAUGCAGAGCGGGUUUAACCAGGUGGUGAAGGCAGCAUCUCCAGACCUGUCACUCUAUGGAGCAUUUGUGCGUUUAGAAAAAUGUGUCUGCUAGAUUAUUCAAUAAGCUCCCCCCUCUCAUUGUCAGUCCAUCUCUCCCUCUCUCUGUCCAUCCAGGCUUUACACCCAGAGCGCCUUCAAGAAUGAGAUGUUGACCACCACCAUUCCAGAGAUCCAGCGGACCAACCUGGCCAACGUGGUGCUGCUGCUUAAAUCCCUGGGGGUCCAGGAUCUGCUGCUCUUCCACUUCAUGGACCCCCCGCCUGAGGACAACAUGCUCAACUCCAUGUACCAGCUCUGGAUCCUGGGGGCCCUGGACAACACAGGUGGGUCUCUGCCCUGGCCUGGCCUGGACCACAUCAGUCAAGAUUAGGCCUCCAAAUGUAUAAAUUGAUCUCAGAAAACAAGGUUAAAAUAGGGUGGAAUAAGUAUGUGUUCCCCACCAGCAAUAUAGCCAACAGAUUUAACAAUAACUACUUAAUGUGCUGCGAGGAGAGACUUGGAUGAUGAAACUAGGCAAUAGGUUGCUGUAAUAGUAUGUACAUGCACUGCACCCUGUAAAGUACAGAGCUAGGUAGCACUGUGAUGUAGGUAGUGGAGUAAUUGCAUAGUGCUUUAUCCUCUGUUAGAUUUGACUGGCUGACUCUCAUCUCUGUCUCAUCUGAGCCAGAUCUCUGGGGAUUAGGGGAUUUGGUGUCUCUGGAGGACUUUUGACGUUUGCCUGUGUGGUGUGUUAACGGCAGAUUAUCUCUGAUUAAGGUUUACCUGGCAAACACAGCCUGUUCUGCCUCUGCACUUUCCCUCUAAGCUCCUUAUAGUCUGUCAUGUAAUCAUUUAAAUCAGAGCUGGCAAAGUUUGAUUUCAAUAUUUUUUUACAACCAUCCUUCACUGGCGGAUGUCACCUGUAUUGUGUUCCCCCUCUCCUCUGUCUGUAGACAGGAAGUGCGUAAAUGAUUUGUGUUCCCCUCAGGUGCCCUGACGCCCACUGGGAGGCUGAUGGUGGAGUUCCCUCUGGACCCGGCUCUGUCCAAGAUGCUGAUCGUAUCAUGUGACAUGGGCUGCAGUGCUGACAUCCUCAUCAUCGUUUCCAUGCUGUCUGUACCGGCCAUCUUCUACAGGCCUAAGGUAGAUGUCAUUGAGAUCGCCAACCAAUUCAUGUCUUAAUAUGUUCCUAAUGUUUGUUUAUGUUUCUGUUAAGAAUUAUUCACAUUACACACUGGACAGUUGUGUGACCCCUGUAUUUCCCCUGUGUCCCGACCUUUCCAGGGUCGCGAGGAGGAGAGUGACCAGGUGAGGGAGAAGUUCUCGGUCCCAGAGAGUGACCACCUGACCUACCUGAAUGUCUACUUACAGUGGAAGAACAACAACUACUCCAGUAUCUGGUGCAACGAACACUUCAUCCACACCAAGGCCAUGCGCAAGGUCAGUCAACGCCCCUCUCCUUUACCCUCUCUGUCCAGUCUCCCUAUCUUAGGAUCGAAAUGCACUUGAUUACCACUCUACAUCAAAAUAUCCACACAUUGAGCAAUGUGUAUUGAAUAAAUGUCCUCUUCUGUUAGUUCUCCAGUAGCUAACGUGUCUCUGUGUGUGGGUGUUUUAGGUGCGUGAGGUGCGCUCCCAGCUCAAAGACAUCAUGGUGCAGCAGAGGAUGAACCUGGUGUCCUGUGGCUCAGACUGGGACAUCAUCAGGAAGUGUAUCUGUGCUGCCUACUUCCACCAGGCAGCCAAGCUGAAGGGAAUAGGGGAGUAUGUCAACGUGAGGACAGGCAUGCCCUGCCACCUCCACCCCACCAGCUCUCUGUUUGGCAUGGGCUACACCCCCGACUACAUCACCUACCACGAGCUGGUCAUGACCACCAAGGUAAGAGACCCAACCUCCACACAGCUAUACAUAUACCCACAUGCUGCUAACCUAUGAUCUGUACUGUUCAGAGCUGAAGAUGUUCUACCAGAAAGAGCUGUCAUAUACACUGCUCAAAAAAAUAAAGGGAACACUUAAACAACACAAUGUAACUCCAAGUCGAUCACAUUUCUGUGAAAUCAAACUGUCCACUUAGGAAGCAACACUGAUUGACAAUACAUUUCACAUGCUGUUGUGCAAAUGGAAUAGACCACAGGUGGAAAUUAUAGGCAAUUAGCAAGACACUCCCAAUAAAGGACUGGUUUUGCAGGUGGUGACCACAGACCACUUCUCAGUUCCUAUGCUUCCUGGCUGAUGUUUUGGUCACUUUUGAAUGCUGGCGGUGCUUUCACUCUAGUGGUAGCAUGAGACGGAGUCUACAACCCACACAAGUGGCUCAGGUAGUGCAGCUCAUCCAGGAUGGCACAUCAAUGCGAGCUGUGGCAAGAAGGUUUGCUGUGUCUGUCAGCGUAGUGUCCAGAGCAUGGAGGCGCUACCAGGAGACAGGCCAGUACAUCAGGAGACGUGGAGGAGGCCGUAGGAGGGCAACAACCCAGCAGCAGGACUGCUACCUCUGCCUUUGUGCAAGGAGGAGCAGGAGGAGCACUGCCAGAGCCCUGCAAAAUGACCUCCAGCAGGCCACAAAUGUGCAUGUGUCUGCUCAAACGGUCAGAAACAGACUCCAUGAGGGUGGUAUGAGGGCCCGACGUCCACAGGUGGGGGUUGUGCUUACAGCCCAACACCGUGCAGGACGUUUGGCAUUUGCCAGAGAACACCAAGAUUGGCAAAUUCGCCACUGGCGCCCUGUGCUCUUCACAGAUGAAGGCAGGUUCACACUGAGCACAUGUGACAGACGUGACAGAGUCUGGAGACGCCGUGGAGAACGUUCUGCUGCCUGCAACAUCCUCCAGCAUGACCGGUUUGGCGGUGGGUCAAUCAUGGUGUGGGGUGGCAUUUCUUUGGGGGGCUGCACAGCCCUCCAUGUGCUCGCCAGAGGUAGCCUGACUGCCAUUAGGUACCGAGAUGAGAUCCUCAGACCCCUUGUGAGACCAUAUGCUGGUGCGGUUGGCCCUGGGUUCCUCCUAAUGCAAGACAAUGCUAGACCUCAUGUGGCUGGAGUGUGUCAGCAGUUCCUGCAAGAGGAAGGCAUUUAUGCUAUGGACUGGCCCGCCCGUUCCCCAGACCUGAAUCCAAUUGAGCACAUCUGGGACAUCAUGUCUCGCUCCAUCCACCAACGCCACGUUGCACCACAGACUGUCCAGGAGUUGGCGGAUGCUUUAGUCCAGGUCUGGGAGGAGAUCCCUCAGGAGACCAUCCGCCACCUCAUCAGGAGCAUGCCCAUGCGUUGUAGGGAGGUCAUACAGUCACGUGGAGGCCACACACACUACUGAGCCUCAUUUUGACUUGUUUUAAGGACAUUACAUCAAAGUUGGAUCAGCCUGUAGUGUGGUUUUCCACUUUAAUUUUGAGGGUGACUCCAAAUCCAGACCUCCAUGGGUUGAUAAAUUUGAUUUCCAUUGAUAAUUUUUGUGUGAUUUUGUUGUCAGCACAUUCAACUAUGUAAAGAAAAAAGUAUUUCAUAAGAUUAUUUCAUUCAUUCAGAUCUAGGAUGUGUUAUUUUAGUGUUCCCUUAAUUUUUUUGAGCAGUGUACAUUAUUCUUCUAGCUGUGUUAUAAUGUGUAGUAACCUGUGUCCCUACUGUAGGAGUACAUGCAGUGUGUGACUGCGGUGGAUGGGGAGUGGCUGGCUGAGCUGGGGCCCAUGUUCUACAGCGUCAAACAGGCAGGGAAGAGCAGGAUGGUAAGCUCUUGUUACUCAACCCCCUACUACCUCCCUCCUAACGUCUCAGGGAUUAUUCCUCCUCCCUCUGUCCCUUUCUCUCCUCUCACCCCUCUGUUCCUCUCUCUCUCUCUGUGCAGGAGAACCGGCGGCGGGCCAAGGAGGAGAUCACUAACAUGGAGGAGGAGAUGUCUUUGGCGGAGCAGCAACUGAGGAGCAGGAGAGAGGAUCAGGACAGGAAGAGUAACGUGGGCAGCGUCAGGUAUACACUCAUCUACCUUCAUCUAUUCUUCACAGAGAGGUUUCACUCUGACAAUAGUCCCAGUUGGUGUUAAAUAGAGUGUCGGGCCCCGCCCACCUGUGGGGAAAAUAACCUGUGGUUACCUUGGUUACCCAAUUGGCUAACAGCGAAACCUUGAACUUUUUCAAACGCAAUUUUCUUGUUGUCUGCUUGUUUUAGUCAAUUUAAAAACUAAAUUUAAGAAAAGUACAUGUCUAAAGAUUACUUUUCAACAUUGCCUGCUCCCAUGCGUUCUCACUACUUAGAAAAACGUAAUAUUGAAUAUUGAACUUUUCAUGACGGCGCUAACGUUAGCCACAUGAGUGCUAGCUAGCUACCAACCAGAACAUUAAGCUAGCCAAGACCAACAACACACUAUAAAGCUACAAGUAGUGAGUGGAGUUACAAACGGACUGUACUAAACGAGUUACCUGUGAUUAAAAUUUUAUCCACACACAUAGCUACGUGUAGCCUACUUGGACACCGUGUCCCUACAUUUCCCACUCUCCAAUGCUGAAUAGUUUGAAGGCACAGGGCUCUUCUCGCAGGCUCUAUUUCCCUAUGUGGGAUCAUUGCGAACCGUAGGUCGGGAUUUUUGACCUGGUUAUAUGAACAUUGAACAAUACAGCAAACUACAAAGUUUGCUCUUUUACAAUGGGGGUAAAUGGGAAAGAAUGUUUGUUUUCCAGAAUGGACCCCUUCCGAGUCGUAGAAGCUGAUUAAUUUAGCUGCUUCUCUACCCAUCUCUCCCUAAAUCUCUCUGCCUCUCCUUCUCUCUUAUCCUCUCUGUCUUUUCUACCUCUCUCACUUUCCAUGAUGAGCUUUUCUUACCUCCAGUCCCUCCAGAUGAGACAAAAAUAAAUAAUAUUGACUCCUGGCUGACCCCCAUUACUGCUGCAAUUUAAAUGGUGCCACAGCAGAGGGGAGAAAGGAGCCAGCGUUAAUUUUCAAAUGAGAAAGGACAUUUUUUUUAUUUCGCACCCGUUCCACAAGGCUCACAAAAGAGAAAUGGGUUUGGGAGGAAAAAAAGAACACUUUUAUUGUUAAUUAAUCAGCAGGUUUAUUGCUAUAUCAGCGUCUUUGUGAAUCUGUCAGUCUCCAAAAUAAUCAUAUUAAAACGCGGAGGAUUAAGAAUUAGAUUAGAGAGCGAGCACCUCAGAAGUAUGAUAAUGAACAUGGCCUUCUCUCGUGGGCUCUCAGCUGCUUUUGUCCGCCUGCCUGUGAAACAAGCAUCCCUUCACCGUGCUGAGGGGCCCCCAUGAAACACUUUUACUACACGUUUUGUUCCGAGGGAGGAAGGGAAGUACUGGGUUAUGGCCUGAUGGCUGCUGCUGGUGUGUGUGAGGACUGAGGAGAGAAUGCUGGGUAGUGUCAGGGUGUCGCGCUGCUGUAAUGAAAUAUUAUAGAUUUUGCUUGUCCCUCUCUACCAGCCUGUCCCUCUCUACCAGCCUGUCCCUCUCUACCUGCCUGUCCCUCUCUACCUGCCUGUCCCUCUCUACCUGCCUGUCCCUCUCUACCAGCCUGUCCCUCUCUACCUGCCUGUCCCUCUCUACCUGCCUGUCCCUCUCUACCAGCCUGUCCCUCUCUACCAGCCUGUCCCUCUCUACCAGCCUGUCCCUCUCUACCAGCCUGUCCCUCUCUACCAGCCUGUCCCUCUCUACCAGCCUGUCCCUCUCUACCAGCCUGUCCCUCUAACAGCCUGUCCCUCUAACAGCCUGUCCCUCUACCUGCCUGUCCCUCUACCUGCCUGUCCCUCUCUACCAGCCUGUCCCUCUCUACCAGCCUGUCCCUCUCUACCUGCCUGUCCCUCUCUACCUGCCUGUCCCUCUCUACCUGCCUGUCCCUCUCUACCUGCCUGUCCCUCUCUACCUGCCUGUCCCUCUCUACCAGCCUGUCCCUCUCUACCUGCCUGUCCCUCUCUACCUGCCUGUCCCCCUCUACUAGCCUACUACUAUUUCACUGAGUCAAAUACUCUGACAAUGAACAUAGAAACAACCAUUAUGUUUUGGCAUGGCAAGUGUUUUCUUAUUCUCUUCUGUCAUUGCCAAUUGUUUAUUAUUUUGUCUCGAUAGGGCUGUGAAAAUCUGCACCCCGGGAAGGAAGGAGGAGGCACCCAUGACCCCAAAGCGCACCCCAGCUCGUUUUGGGCUCUAGAUCUCCUCUGUUAAGACUUAAACACUUGAACUCACCACUAAAUAUCACCUGUAUAUGUACCAUACCAUCACUGGAUGAGCCUUGCUGAGAGGGCUUGGAACACUGUCCCCUCCUAUUGUCCGGAACCAGCCGCAGUUCAGACAGAGGCCAGCAGAGGUAGAACUUGUAUAAGGCAUGAGGCUCCCACAACAGACCUUUUCCGUCAGCAAAUCCACAUAGCAUCCCUCCAUUUUUACGUGCAGAGAGAUAUACGGCCGUUAGAAUGCAGUAUUUUCUAUUUCUGUGAUAGUUUAAAAAAAAAUACACAAUGAUGGAACAUCAUUGAAAAUGUAUCAUCUUUAAAGGGUAUUUGAUAUACCUUGAAAAUCUGUCUAAGCCUUUAUCAUAAUCCUUCACUGGCUACAGUGUCCAAGCAGGAAAUGUUUAGUUGUUCCAUCUCCUACUGUACCCUACAAGGGGCUGUUUUCUUGAUGGUAGUCUCCCCCGAUCAAUAUAAACUGUGUUCAAUAGGGCUGGGAAUUGCCAGGGACCUCACGACACGAUAUUAGCAUGAUACUUUGGUGCCGAUACGAAAUGUAUUGCGAUUCUCACGAUUCUACAUGUAUUGCGAUUCGAUACUGUGAUUUUAUUGCGAGUCGAUGUUCCAAACAUAUUGCUCACCAUAUAUCU